CGAGCUUGGCGAUGACACGAAGAUACCAAAAUGGAUUGCCACCAUCCAGGGCCUGAAGAAGCCCGGCCAGCGUGCGCUGCAGCACCUUGCGGAGCAUGGGUACAUCGAGAGCAUGGAGGGGCGGGGCGGGCGAGAGAGCGGAGCACGUGCACAAGGAGACAGACUUGAGGAUCAGGACGAGGACGCGAGGGCGGAGUUUCACAGCUUGCUGGCCGUCUCGAAGUGGGACCCGACGAAGACCGCGAGCUACGCGCUCUUCACUACGUUGGGGAAGGAGUGGCUCGAGGAGCAGUGGACAGCGAGGAGAAGCAUCUCAGAGGGGCUCAACAGACAGGUUCAGGAGUCGAGGAUGCAGGAGAUCGAAGCGAUUCGAGCACAGGAGCAGGCCAUCAGGGCCCGAGAGCAGAAGAACGCAAAGCAUGAGGCUGACAAGUUGAGGAAGCAGUUGCGCGCUGCAGAGGCGCGGGAGAUGGCAGCGACGAAGCAGGCGUCACCAGAGGAGGCGGCCGACGGCACCAAGAAGGGCAAGAAAGGCAAGCCGAAG